CAGCUAUCUCCGGCCCACUGAAGGUACGGGAGGCCGAUGGGGAUUAUUCGGAUUACAAAUCACCUCAAGCUGGGGUUGAUUAACCUUGUGGGUGGCGAAAGUGUUAAAGUUGACCUCCCAUUCUCUCCCGUCACCAAUCAUCGUGUUGGAACUCCAGCUGUGAGCGAUCGGACGAUAAUUUCCACAUUUAUUGAAGCCUUGGCAAUGAUGAAUGCAGAAUCCGUGAUCAAGCGUCGGCAUCAGGUGCGAUAUGCGACCACGGCUGAUGCACCCGAGGACGAUUUGCUAGGGGUCACCGAUCCGGUCCUGCGGCGACGCGUACAGAAUCGUCUGAAUCAAAGAGCCUACCGUGAGGCCUCCCAGCAAUUCUCUUAUCACCCCCGCUGCUGACAAAGGUUGAUGGUUUACGUUCAAGGUCAGCGUCAAAAACCGCGCAGCACGGAGGACAGACUGCCUUCGAAACGCAAAACAAUUCAAGCCGCUGCCGGUGAUGAUCAAUCCCGAGCUCUGACAUUGCCUCACCGAUCCAGCGACCACAACUCUAUUUUCUAUAAUCUCCCCGAGGUGGAUCCCACGCGAUACACAUACGCCCCUCCCAAUUUCCACACCCUGAUGGUUGAAUUUGAGAAACGCGCCCGAGCUGCCCACGCUAUGGGUUCACCUCGGACAGACCUCCUCCUUAGUUUGAGUCGGCUUAACGUAAUUCGCGCAGCGUACCAGAACGCGGUCAUCGCCGGCAUGACUGUUGACUGGAUGUGUCGCGACGACGCGGUUUCAAUUUUCUGCAUGAAUGGCCCUCACUCACCGCAGUGUACCUUGAGCGCGAUCCCGGAGCGGCUGCGGCCGACCCCCGUGCAGCGAACAGUGCCGCAUCACCCUUGGCUCGACAUCUUCCCCUUCGAGCAAAUGCGGGAUAACCUGAUCCGCGCGGGGGAUUUGCUGGAUGGUCAUGGGUUCUGUCAUGAUCUAACCGCUUUCUGGGAUACGCGGAGCAGCAGCGCAACCUUACUUGUCUGGGGGGAUCCGUGGGAUCCAUCGAAUUGGGAGGUCACGGAGGAGUUUGCGAGGAAGUGGGGGUACUUUCUUCGCGGAUGUCCGGACAUUCUUGUUUCGACGAAUAACUGGAGAGCUCGCAGGGGUGAAAAGCCACUCGCUUGGCGGACGGUGUUUGGUGAUUAUCUGGGGUAGGGGGACUAUCUGAAAGUUAUG